GGACGUUUGAAAAUCGAACAAGCAUAAGCAGCCUUCGGCGAAGUGUUGGCGUCUUGUAGUUUGAACUCCUUCCUUUAAAGAAAUAUAUAUUUAUUGUAAAUCUGUACUUCUACUUAUUUUUUGCAACUUCAGAUCUGCUGAUUAAAAGGACUUGCUCUGCCACAGCGGCGUUAGAGAAGCAAUAUUUGCGUUUCCGCGUAUGUUUAUUCCUAAUGCAUGUAGCCUCUCGUCAACGGGCCGACGUAGCAGCUAGCUAGCUAGCUCGGGUAACGUUACGUGCUUUGGGGCUUUUUGGGGUUUUUGAAUUCUGGACAAGUCAUCGGACGUUGGUCGCCCUCGGACAUUGUGCACUAAUACAUUCAGAAUAUGGACUCUUCUGCGAGACUUAAGAUGACAAAAGACAUGAAACUUCAACGGCCUGAAGUCAAACCGAGCGGCGAAGGACCAAAGCGGAUUCCUGUGUCCCAGCAGUCCCAGAUGGCUGUGGUUACCCCAACUCCACAUCAGCGCGUCCUGGGCGUGUCAAACGGACCUCAGCGCAUUCAGCGGCCCAUGAGCCAUCAGAAGCCAGUGUCUCACGUAUCUGUUGCCAUCAAGUCCGCGCAACCCUCCGAUCAGAAUGUGAACCCCAACGCUCAGAUUGUGAAUCCAGCCGCUCCGCCCAAACCCAGUUCCCAGCAAAACCAGCUAAAGACAAAUGUGCCCAAGGUUCAGCGGGAGCCGGUCAAACCCCCGUUGGAAUCAGCAAAGCCGGAGAAGCCACAGAACAAACCUGCCAAGAUUGAUUCUUCUGAUGUCUCUUCAUCAAAGAAGCGAUGGGGCCUGGAAAAUUUUGACAUUGGCCGUCCCUUGGGCAAAGGUAAAUUUGGCAACGUCUACCUGGCGAGAGAGCGACAGAGUAAGUUCAUCUUGGCCCUGAAGGUGCUCUUCAAGAAGCAGCUGGAGAAGGCCGGGGUGGAGCACCAGCUGAGGAGAGAAGUGGAGAUCCAGUCUCACCUCAGGCACCCCAAUAUCUUGCGCCUCUACGGCUACUUCCACGACUCGUCUCGGGUGUAUCUCAUCCUCGAGUUUGCACCCAGGGGAGAGCUGUACGGUGAGCUGCAGCGCUGUGGAAGUUUCCCCGAGGACAGAAGUGCCACGUACAUCAUGGAGCUGGCAGAUGCCCUGAACUAUUGCCAUAACAAGAAGGUGAUCCAUAGGGACAUCAAACCAGAGAACCUGUUACUGGGGGACAAUGGGGAGCUGAAGAUUGCAGAUUUUGGCUGGUCUGUUCAUACACCCUCCUCCAGGCGGUCCACCCUGUGUGGAACACUGGACUACUUGCCCCCGGAGAUGAUUGAGGGAAAGACUCACGAUGAAAAGGUGGAUCUGUGGAGCCUGGGUGUCCUCUGCUACGAGUUCCUGGUCGGAAAGCCCCCCUUUGAAACCAAAAGUCACGAGGAGACCUACCGCAAGAUAUCAAGGGUGGAGUACAAUUACCCUGCGCAGGCCAGUAUCAGCGCUGGAGCCAAAAACUUAAUCGCCGAGCUGUUGAAGCACAACCCCAUGCACAGGUUGCCCAUCCACGGAGUCCUGACCCACCCCUGGGUGGUUGAAUGCUCGACCAAGAAGCCCACGACUCUGAACAAUGAAGAGCCCAGCCAAUGAGCCUCUUUGUGUUGCAGUGUCGGGUUCAGACUUGACCGGCUGGUGUGGAGCAUGAAUACCACUGUGCAGCCGAUAAGUCAGAAUCUGCUUAUUCACCUACCACUUGACUUUCAAAUCACUUUCGCAUUUGAGCCGCUCGUCUUUUUUCCUCUCCUUUGUGGGUUUCCGUUGUCUUUCCAACGGCAAUAUUUCAAUGUACAUAUUUCACUGUUUUCUGUGUAAUUAUGAAAAUUUUAUUGAAUUUUUCUAAAAUGUCAUUACUUGAAAUAAAAGAAGAAAAAAAACCAAAA